CCCCAUCCUUUCUUCUAUUUUUUUUACCCUAUUUUUUUUACCCCCUCUUACCACGCCAUUUGAAAUGAGGAGGAGAGAAGGAAAGCAGAGGCAGCGGCAGCACCAGCAGCGAGGAGAGGAGAGGGGGGAGUGAUGAGUCAAUACAACUAAUAAUUUAAUGGGGACAGAGAGGGAGAGACGGAGUGAGAGGGGGAGAGACAGAGAGGGAGAUAGAGAGAAAGAGGAGCUCCGUCCGGACGCCAAUCCCCAGCCAACAGGACACCUCCUACUAUUACUAUCAAGGCAGCUCUCUUAUGCAUCCACAGCGAGCCUUAUUCAUCCUCGGCAUCGGAAAGUAAACCGCACUUUUUGACCCCCCUCUCCUUGUUUUAUUUUGCGAACCUGUUUCGACUGUCCGCAUAUCGUCUCCACAUCGCCUCCAUGGCAAGCUCACACAGUCGCUUCUUAGUAUUUUUGCUCUCUCUCAGUCUGCCGGCAGUCAAAUCUAGCUAAGCCGACGCUGAGCUAUUUUUUCCCGUAGUCCCUCCGUGAACACACGCAGCGAGGGUUUGUUAGGUCUCGGCGGCGGUUGUUGUUGUUACAACUGUGUCCGAGGUGCUUGUGGUUCGUGCUGGCCGUACUGCGCGGCUGCCUGCUCGCCGUUUUGGAUGUUGUGCUGCGAACUAAAGCCGAAGUCGCCUUCACUUGUGAGCGUUGCUAAAUGUCGCCGGUUUUAACGCUUUCCGUUGCCGUCCUUUUUCCUCCACUUGGACGGAAUUGGCUGUAACGUCAGGGCUGCACACUCCUGUCUCUCUCCGCUCCUGCCGCACACGCACAACCGCUUACCAAUGUUCGCCUAUCACGGUCCAUCUCGACCUCGUCCUCCCUUGCACAGACCCGGGUUGUUGUUGUUUUUUCGCACCGCCUGCCAGUCCUCCGCCAAGAAGAGCAGGAGAAAGCAUCUUUUUAAACACUGAUUUUGGGAACCCCUCGCUGUCAUGCACACGUAGAGAGAUAACAAGAGAGGAACCGGGAGUUGUUUUUGGGGAGGGGGGGUUUCUUUCUUUUUUCCUUUUUCUUCUUCUAUCUUUUCUACCCUGGCCAAACUUGAAGAAGAAGCGUUUUCCAGCCGGUGUUAUAUGCUCUCCAGUGCUGAAGUGCUGCGGUUCAGGUGAUAGUGAGCUGAGGUGCUGAGAAUGAUGGAACAUCUCAGCGAGACGUGUUUGGGCAAGGAGAACUCAGAGCUGGUCAACAGCAUGGCAGACGCCAAGGCCCCGCCGGCCAAGCUGCCCCGGCUGGAGCAGAACGGCAGCCCUCUGGGCCGGGCCAGGCUGGGAAGCACCGGGACCAAACUCGGAGGGGUCCCGUACAAACCCACCAGCCACCUGCUGAAGACCUGCCAUAAGAAAGGCAACAUGCUGCCUGUGUUCUGUGUGGUCGAGCACUACGAGAAUCCCAUGGAUUUUGACAGCAAGGAGGAGCACGCUGAAUUCGUCCUGGUGCGCAAGGACAUGCUCUUCAACCAGCUCAUCGAGAUGGCCCUGCUGUCACUGGGCUACUCCCACAGCUCAGCAGCCCAGGCCAAAGGUAUGAUUCAGGUGGGGAAGUGGAACCCCGUCCCACUGUCAUAUGUGACAGACGCACCAGACGCCACAGUGGCAGACAUGCUGCAGGACGUCUACCACGUGGUCACACUUAAGAUCCAGCUGCACAGAGGAAUGGAAAAUAUUCCUCAUAGUAUGAUUUCCUCCAUUGUGAACAGCACUUACUAUGCAAAUGUGUCGGCGGCGAAGUGUCAGGAAUUUGGGCGCUGGUAUAAACAUUUCAAGAAGACAAAAGAUAUGAUGGGCAUGCGUCAACCCUCCCAGCUGGAGGGGUACCUGGGGACGUGUGUCCUCCGUGAGAGCCCGCGUGCCAAUGCACUAGCGGAAAUGGACGGCCUGUCCGACCUCUCCCCGCCCGGCUCUAACCACAACCACAACCACCUGAGUUUUUCCCAGCAGCAGCAGCCGAUCCCCGGCAGCACAGCGGAGCAGACUCCUUCGUCGCCGGUGCCGCCGCUGCCUCACGCUCCGCCGCCGCACGGCGGUCAAACGGGAGGCCGACAGCCCCAGCUCCCCGGUCUGCAUCACCCGGGCUUGGUGUCCACACCCAUCAGUCCCCAGCUGGUCAACCAGCAGCUCGUGAUGGCGCAGAUCCUCAACCAGCAGUAUGCAGUGAACCGGCUGCUGGCGCAGCAAUCCCUGUCACAGCAGUACCUCAACCACCCACCCGUCAACCGCAGCUCCCACACCAAGCCUCUGGAGCCACAGGUGGCGUCGAACACAGAGGUUUCCUCUGAGAUUUACCAGUGGGUGAGGGACGAGCUAAAACGGGCCGGCAUCUCACAGGCUGUCUUUGCCCGUGUGGCCUUCAACAGAACACAGGGCUUACUGUCUGAAAUCCUGCGUAAGGAGGAAGAUCCCAAGACGGCGUCCCAGUCGCUACUGGUCAACCUGCGCGCCAUGCAGAACUUCCUGCAGCUGCCGGAGGCCGAACGUGACCGCAUCUAUCAGGAGGAGCGGGAGCGCAGCCUCACGGCCGCCUCUGCAAUGGGCUCCGCUCCGCUCAUCAGCACCCCAUCCAGCCGACCUGUACAGCCCCGAAGGGAAGACUGUAACAGCGUAAGGCCGGAGGAUUGGAAUCCCCGAAUCCCUGUGGGCAUUUCACCUGUUAAACCGUCACCGCUGCCCAGCGAGUGGAACGGCAAGGCAGACAGCUGCAUCCUCAACAUCAACUCCACCAUCUACGAUGAGAUCCAGCAGGAGAUGAAGAGGGCCAAAGUGUCCCAGGCCUUGUUCGCGAAGGUGGCGGCCUCCAAGAGCCAGGGCUGGCUCUGUGAGCUGCUGCGCUGGAAAGAGGAUCCGUCUCCAGAGAACCGAACACUCUGGGAGAACCUCUCCAUGAUCCGACGCUUCCUGAGCCUCUCUCAGGCCGAACGCGAUGCCAUCUACGAGCAGGAGAGCAGCGCCGGCCAGCAGCACCACAACGAGCGGCCGUCGCACUUGAUGCACAUUUCCAGUGACCAGCUACAGGCUCAGCCGCCUCAGACGCAGCAGCAGCACCAGCCCUCCAUGUCCCUCCACCCCUCCCAACAGCCCUUGCAGCAACAGCAGCCCAACACCGGUCCCCGGUUGCCACCUCGCCAACCCUCCACCGCCUCUCCGGCCGAAACGGAGGACGAAGGCAGCCGCGGAGGGAGCAUCAAAUCCCGCACGGGCGGAGGCAAGAUCUCCCUGGAAGCUCUAGGUAUCCUGCAGAGCUUCAUCCAGGACGUGGGCCUGUACCCCGACGAGGAGGCCAUCCACACCCUUUCAGCCCAGCUGGACCUGCCCAAGCUCACCAUCAUCAAGUUCUUCCAGAACCAGCGCUUUUAUGUCAGUCACCCAGCAAAGGCACCCAAGGAGCCCAUUAACAACAACAACAACGCCGCCACCAUCGCAGCCAUCGUCAACAACACCACCAGCAGCAGUAGCAGCAGCAGCAGCCCGGCCUUUGAGGAAGAGCUGACGGACUUCAGGGAGAGCGGAGAGCUGCUGAAGGAGCUGGACGAGAGCACGCAGACCAACAGCACCAUCUUCUCCAUCAAGAUCGAAGAGCAGCUGGGCCGAGGCGCCGAAGCCCAGUCCGAGUCGGAGCACGAGGCCAAGGAGUAGGACUCUCCCUCUGAAACAUGUACUGAGAGUUUUCCUGUGCACACAGACUGGUGACUGUGCUAAAUGUAACGCUCUGGCCGCCACAGAAACACCACACUGCAAACAAAGAAAAGUAGUGUUUUCAAUCAGUACAGCAUCUGGACUGUAUGAGGAGUGUUCAUAUAUAUAUAUAUAUAUAUAUCUAUAUAUAUAUAUACACACACACAUAUAUGAACUCACAGUGCGAAAUGAGUGUUCACACACUGGAAAGCCCAUUUCAGACUCAGUAAUACAAAAAGUACUACUUUUUCGAUUUUGUAAAACUUGUAUUAUUCACUGUAAAGACUGAUGCAUCGUUUAAAUAAUCUGCACAAAAAAAAUUAUUAAGUAUGUUGCCGUGGAUAUUUGCUGACUGCACUCUAUGUCUGUUGUUUUACACUGACUUACUUUAUCUUUUUGAGCUACUGAUUAUUGAAAAAGGAAAAAAAAAGUUCCCCUGGAGUUUGCUAGGACUUCGAUAGGUGUUUACGUAUGUGAUGUUUAACUGGAUUUUUUUUUUUUUUUAAGAAAAUAGCAAAUGAAAUCAAGGACCAUGUGGAUGACAAGGCCUUAAUUAUGAGGUAUCAAGUCUGGAGCCUGCUGGCAGAUUAGUUAUUCUUUUUAAAAAGCGCAUAAUGUGAUUAUGGAUCACUCCAAACUCUGGAACGCGAUCACCCAGCCCAGGUGCAUCUACGAGAAUAGCUCAGUCUCUUUACAUAUUAUUUGUUAGGGAAGAAAUAUAAAUAUAUAUAUAUAUAGACAUUAUAUUGUAACUGUAAAAAAAAAAUACAGUCUUAAAAAACUAUGCCAACAAAUGCCUUGUACUAUACGGCACUGCCGAUGUUAGAUUAUUUUGCAAAACCUUUGUCACUGUAACUUUCUGAAUUGCCACACAGUUGGAAAUGUGAAUUUCACAAUGUUUAUGUUGUCUGACAUUAUUUAUUUGCAGUUCAUGCAGUGUUUCUGAUGUAAUUACUUUUUCUAAAAAAAAAAACUAAAAAAAAAACAGUUUACGUUUCCUCGUGCGCGCUCUCUCUCUCUCUUUUUUUUAUUCCACCAAUCUUGUUUCUAUUUAUAAAUGUAAUUUCAGUGGGCAGUAAAAACAAGAAGUGUCUUAAACGUUUUAAAUGGAGAAAUGUGCUUUAAAGGUUGCCUAUAAAAAGUGCUGUAUGUCAAGCAACUCAUGCUACAAGCUUCACAAUUAAUGUUGUAUGCAAUUUUUACUAUCAUGCAAAUAAGCUUAGGUAAAAUGACUAACCUAUAGAACACCUUAGAAAGAAAAACAUAUGCAAUCUGUGUGAAAAUCGAUGUCUGCGAUGUGUCUUCCUUUGGUUAAGAAUCCAAUUCAAAAAGCUACUCCUGUAUAAAUAUUCUGUAAAAAAAAGUGUUUCUUUUUUAUGAGUUCAUUCCAAUGAGAACACCAGUUAUUUUGUUACGACUGACUGUUUUAUAAGUGUUUCUCGGUUCCUUUCGGCAGAAAUGUUCUAACUAGAAGUGGUUAUUGAUUGUUAAUUACACAAUUAAACUGUUUGUAUUGUA